AUGAAUUAUCCUAAAGGAAUCUAUCCAAAUGAUCCUAUUCUAAUUGCAUCACCAUAUCCAUUUAAUACAUCAAAGUUAUCACAUAUCGAAUGUUUUAGUAAUGAUCAAGGUAUUAUUCUUUCAUUGACAAUCAUUGCUAGAAUGUUAGAUAAAAAUAUAUCGUCAUUACAAUAUACAAAAGAUAAUAUAAUAAGAAAUGGAAGUAUUACUUUAAUAAUUCCUACACCAUUUAAUUAUUCGGAAUUAUAUUCAAAAAUUGAAUGUCGUUCAAAAUAUCAUUAUGGUGUACAAAAAUUUAGUGAACUCGAUAUAUUUUCUGUAGUUGAAAUACGUCAAAAUGAAUUUCUUUCUAUAAGUACUUAUACAAAUCAAAAAGUAACAAUUCAUUGUCUAACAUAUGGAACAAAUGUUUUUAUUUCUUGGGAUUUUAAUUAUGAUUUAUCAAAUGAUAUAUUUCGUUCUUUACCUAUUGGUAUUCGUAUAGAUCAUAAAUUUACUCUUAAUGAUACGUUAAUUAUUGAUCAUGUUUCGUAUUCUGAUCAUCAUGGUUAUUAUCGAUGUUAUGCUACAAAUAAAUUAUUUAAUAUAACUUAUGAAGAUACAAGUAUAAUUUAUUUAAAUGUUAAAAAAAGUUCUAUAUGGAUACCAAUUGUAAUUAUAUGUAUAGUAAUUGGAAUAUGUAUUUUAUUACUGAUUUUAUGUUCGAAAUAUUGUCAAACAAGAAAACAAAAUAAUCAAAAAACUUCUGAACAAGUUAUAGAAAAUAUUCAUACUCCUUCUUAUUCUGAUAAUUCAGCUCAAUCACAAGGAUCAUUAUUAUCUAGUCCGAAUAUAUCAUCUCAAUUUAUUCUUGAUAAUCCAUUUCUUGAUCCAAAUGUUCAACCGAUCUUAUUAAAUAAAAAAUAUAUUAAUAAACUGCAAGAAUUUUUAUAA